UUUUUGUCACAAAGUUGGGAUGACUUCAAAUUUGACCUUUGAAGAAUCGCUGCAAGUUUUGGAGAAAUGCCUGAAGCUCACUUUUUCGCUUCCCUACAGCUCAACCUCAUCAAGUCACCACCAUUCACACCAUAGUGCUAGUCACACAAUGAGCCAACAGCCGCCUUCGUUGGAUUUGACGUCUUCGAGAGACUUCGCUUCUUCUGUGGCCUCUGAUUUCAACUCGGCUCUUCUUCAGUUGGAAGUCUAUUUUCUGAGAUGUCGAAUGUUGGCCAGCAUUGAAGCGCGUGGAUCGGACGAAGCUGAAAUGGAGGCUAUCAAGGCGGAAAUAGCCAAGAAAGACAUCCUCAUUGAGUCGAUGGAGAGAAAUCUCAAAAAUUUGGUUCACGAGUUUGGCAGUUGACACAUCUAACAAAAGAUCUCUAUCUUAUGCGAGGAACAAUCGAUUGUGGCUUCCCGGUUGCUGAUCAGUGACUGGUGCUCAAUAUGAAGUUAACGUGCUCAAUGUGAAGAUAAACAAUUUAAAAUAUAAUACAACUGAUAAACAACGUUUGAUUUUGUGAAGCAAUUUUUACAAGUUGAAAAUUCGUUUUCCCA